UCUACCUUCCGGCCGGAUAGCCCAUGGAUAGCCCUAGCAGCUGUGGCCAUUAAACUAAUAUACUACUACUUAACCUCGUUUCUCAUUUUGUUUGAAGUUUUUUUGUUUGGUUCUGAAAAUGUCUUCUAUUCAUAUACAUUUUUGGAAAAAUGAAUAGGAACACUUUGAUACUAAUCCCCAAUUCGUUGUCCACCAAUAAAACUGGUUUCAUAGAAGGACUAUACAGAGAUUAUGGAUGUUUGAAAGUUUAUUAUAUUACUAGUGAUGAAGUUAAGGAUAAGUCUAAAGAUGUUAUCGGCUAUUGUAGUCAAAUUUUAACUCCGAAUCUUUUCUUUGAAAAUACAAUUUUAUUUGAAUAUGGAACUAAUAAGAUUCACCUAAAUGAUAAAGAAACAAAUUUUCAUCAAAUAACUGAAUUAGUUUACGAUUAUGCUGUUUUUAAAAGUACCAAUAUAACUUUUUCAGAAAAAAAGUAUGGGAUACAUAUCAAACAACUCUCUGAAGGGAUAUCAAAAUCUUCAAAUAUAAAUCAAAGUAUAUUAAAACAACAAUUUGUUAAAGUUUUGAGUUGCAUUUCAUUUAUUACAAGUUUUCUACUUUUGAUAUUUUCCAAAUUUUUUCCCAUAAUAAACAAUUCUGCUAUUUUAUCAUACACUUAUACGAGUUGUAGAAAUAUAGAUGAAUUUGUAAACAUUUUAAGGAAUCAGGAAGUUAUAUCUCUUAAAAUAUAUAACAAGAUUGUAGCUAAAAUAAUAGAUAUUAUAUUGGGCUGUGCAUUUAUAUAUUUUUGCUUGAAAUAUAAAUAUGCUAUUGUAACUAAAUUUGAACAAAUCACUGAGGAUUUGGUAAGCCUACUAAGAAACUUGUUGAUUUAUCUGAUGGGAUCUCCAAUUGGCUUAAAACUAAAUUACGCAUUCAACCAUUCUCUGGCACGAUUUUUCUUUUACCACAUAAAUUUAUGGAGAGUUUUUUUGGAAGCAAUACAGCCUCAUUUAGAAGCUAAUUUUAAGAUUUUAUUAAUUCCUGGGAUAUUUGGCAUUUCAUAUCAAAUAGCUUUGUUGUGUGAUAUCAUUUCAGUAACUACUUUUCAUAUUUACUGUAUUUAUGUAUAUGCAGCUAGAUUGUUUCAUUUACAAAUUAGAGGAUUAAGUACUUUAUGGCGACUUUUUAUUGGUAGAAAAUUUAACCCAUUAAGAGGCAGAGUUGAUUCAUGUGAAUAUUCUUCAAAUCAACUAUUUAUUGGGACAUUAGCAUUUACUAUUCUUUUAUUUUUGCUGCCAACUACUACAUUGUACUACACAGUAUUUGUUACAUUCAGACUUGUGACUGUAAUUGUAAUUGGGGUUCUUAAGAGAGUAACUAAAUUAAUUAGUAAUAUUCCACUUUACUUAACACUACUCUGGGUUUUUGGAUGCCCAAGCAUGGCAGGAUCAGUUCUUGUAAGUUAUAAACAUUCCACAGGAAGCAAAAAUAUGAGGGCAGAUCUUAAAUUAGUAUCUCCCCCUCUGCUUGAAUGUAUUAGAGCCUUUUCAUUUAAUGACAAACAUCACAGUGAAUCAAGUCUAACACCUAACUUUUAUCACAUAUUUAUUGGAAAAUUGAUUUAAAAUAAAUAGGAAAAUAUAUAACAUUCUUCACAUUAAAUGUGAAUAUUAUAUAAUAUAGUAAUUGGAGUCACAGAUUAAAAAAAUAAAACAAGAUUUGUUAUUUACAAUUUUAUUUAUUCUUUUAUCAGGUAUUUUUAUUUAAAAACAAAAUUGAUGAGAGCAAAUGUAUAACACGGACUGAAUAACUCAUCUGUUUUAAACCUAAACAAUAAAAAUUAACAAUAAAUAAAAGGACACAUUGUAAAAAUGGAAUACAGAUAUAUAUUAAAAAUGGCUAUGCUUUGUACCUAAUCGAUUAUGAAAUUUUGAAAUAAAAUAUAUUACUACUUUAAAAGCCAAAAAAUAUUAGCUGUUGUCCAUGUUGUGUGUUAAAAUAAUCUUUAACAUAAUUAUAAACCGCACACCAAUAUUAAACUAACUAAAACACAUAUAUUAGUUUUGAAGGAAAUAAUUGGAUGAUUUUAAUUUUUUGACUUUAUCAGAUCUAAAAAUUUAGAAAGUGACAGGAAGUCACUUUUAUUAAAUAUAAACUUUUAUAAUACCAAAUCUUUCUUAUUUCUGAACUUUUUAUCAAAAUAUCCAGAAUAUAGCAAAAUCAUAUCAUUAGGUGUGUUUCUAAGAUAUAGAAAAAAUUAAUUAUAAUUUUUUAAUAAAAAGUUAUUUUAACUGGAAGGCUCUAACAAAACCUGUUUUCUAUAUUUCUUAAUUUAUUUUUAAUGAUAUCUUAAUCCUAAGGGCUACAAGUAAUUCGAAGUAUGAAAAUAAUUUUCUAAGCUAAAAAAAUUAACACAGCUUAAAGUAUUUAUUAUAUUAAGUUAUUGAAGGGUGGUUUAUACACCGUACAUAGAUUUAAAAAAAAAUGUAUGCGUUUUAAAUAAUUUAUAAUAAUUUAUUGUAUCAAAUUAUUACUAAAUCUUUCUGAAUUAUUACAUUAUCUAACUAUAAAAUAUAUACGACAAUUUAUUAAAUAAACAGGAAACAUUAGACGAACAAUAAUUUGUAAUAUUGGGUUAAUAUAUUUUUUUUCAGGAUUUUUAUCAUAGCGUUGCAAAAAUGCGGGAACAUAAGAUCUCUAUUUAAUUUAUGUCAAUAACAGGACAUAAAAAAA